UUUCGGACAAAUAAGGAUCUGACUGUCCACACAAAAUAUCAUACUAAUGCAAAUGACUUUGAAUGUUUUAUAUGUGAGAAAAAAUUUGCAAUGAAACACAUCCUAAAACGUCAUUUGAUAUCACAUAGGCAGAAAAAGAAGUUCUCUUGCUCCCAAUGUGAUAAGGCAUAUAACUUUAAAUACAGGUUGGACCAUCAUGUCAAGUCUGUCCACCAAAAUGAGCGUCCCUAUGAAUGUGAAGUUUGCAAAAAAACAUUCACAAGUAAUGACAAUCUAAAAGUACAUUUGAGAGUUCACAGUGGAGAGCAUCCAUACCAGUGUUCUGUGUGUGACAAGACAUUCACUCAGCUGUCAAACAAAUAUCGCCAUGAACUUGUUCACAAAGAUGUGAAGCCUUUCACCUGUUCUAUGUGCCACAAAGCAUUCUAUACAAAAUAUGAGGUAAAGAAACACAUGAGUGUUCAUGAUGCUCCUGAUGGAAAGCCUUUUAAAUGCACAGAAUGUGACAAAAGUUUUGUGAAAGCAUUCUCCCUCCGAAAUCAUAUCCAAAGAAUUCACCUGGGAAUAAGGCAUACUUGUACUAUCUGCCAAAAGUCAUUUAAAAUUCCAUCCAGCCUGAAAGAACACAUGAAGAAGCAUAUCAAUUGUGCAGCAUUGUGCAUUAUUGGAUCACAGGACUCAAUUAAUUGUGAAACAAGUAUGAAAAAAAAUGAACAAGAAAACAUUGUUAACAAAACAGCUGAGCACGAACUUCAUAGCCGAGAACAAAAUAAUUCAAUUGAGUCACAAGAAGAAACAUGUGGUUCUGCAGAACAACAGAACGUUAUUUCAACCAUGCCUCAUUUGGUCAACUCGGCUGGAAAUACUCUUGAAAUCAACUGUCCAAAAGAUGAUAACAAGGAUGACAAAACUUCAAGGCCAUAUUCCUGCAAUCAAUGCUCACAAUCAUUCCGCCGAGGACAAGAUCUUAAAAGACAUGCAGACCGUGUUCAUAUCAACCCAAAAUAUUUCAGGUACUGUGAUAAAGCAUUUAAGCAAUGCAAUAAUCGACAACGUCAUGAACAAACCCAUGUACCUGAAAAGCGUUUUAAAUGUGAAACAUGUAACCAUUACUUCAGCUCAUGCUCAGAACUCAAAGAGCACAUCUUAAUUCAUGAGGUUUCAGAUGGGAAACCAUUCAAGUGUCAUAUUUGUCCAAGAGGAUUUGCACGGAAAAAGAGUUUGAAGUCACAUAUUAAUGUUGUACAUGUGAAUCCAAAACAUUGUUGUAAUAUUUGUGGUGAGAGAUUUCAUACUACACGAGAGGCAAAGAAGCACGCGAAAAUACAUCCUGUGGAAGGUGGAGGACUUGAAGUGGUAGUGGAGGAAGUCCAGGAAGACAAUGUACAUAAUGUUAGUGUGCUGGAAGGAGGGGUGGGGGAAGGUGCGGAUGAAAACGGUGGAGGAGAGACGGUAGAGCAAAGAAAAGAUGAUGUAAUGAUAGUUGAUGGUGGGGUAGAAGCAAGUGCUGGGCGUCAGGGCAGUGGAACGGGCCUUACAAUAAAGAGAGGAAGAGGGAGACCUAAGAAAAAGGUGAGAGGGGCGACAGGAAACAAAGGUGGACAUGAAGUGAGGGAGAUGGUAACGACAGAAAAUCAUGACACACAGAUAAACAAUAGCAAUGAGAAAAGCAAGAAAGAAGUGAGCAAUGAAAGAGAAAAUAACGCAGGUAGCCAAGAUGAAGACUGUAGCCAAGUGCGACGCAAUGAUUGUAAAAUACAGCAUGAAAAUGGAAUUCUCGAUUUGAGAAAUGAUUUAAGGAACACGACAAACGAUAUCGAAGACGAGAUAAGUGUGACUAGUCAGAGAAAUAACGAAACAAAUUCAAAUGAAACAAUUCUUAAGAUCCUGGAAGGGAAACCGUUCGUAUGUCCUGUGUGUGACAAAGGAUACGCCAGCAAAAAUGGACUAAAACACCACCAUGAUAAAACUCAUAAAAAUAAAAGCGUACUCAAAGAUAAUCAUAUCUAUUAUUGUCCUGAAUGUAAAGAAGGGUUCAAAAGCAAGAGAAGAUUUUGGCUUCAUGACGUGAAAGUUCAUGGACUUCUUAAUACAUCAGAAUCAGAAAAUGAAACGAUUUCUGAAGAAGAUGGCAGAGGUAUUAGAGCACGGAUUAUUAGGAAUGCAAAAGGUGAUUCUAGUACACCGACUGAUACUGUACUAGAAUCACCUCAAUAGAUAUAGAAGGGGAACCUACAUACAAAAGUUGUUUUGCAAGGUGAUUCAAGGAUAGAUAAAAAUGAAACGAUGGUCGAUUUAGUUGCGGCGAAUGAUGAUGGCACAGACUUUGUUGAUGGUAAAAGAGUUGGUCAACGAAAGAUCCGAGAUUGGUUCCGAACUUCUACAAAAUGAUGUUUGAAAAUAAAUGGUUGCGAAUAUAAAAUUAAAAUAUAGUGAUGUAACAUUGUCAUCAGUAACACUGGUUUCGCCCGAGUUGGUUGUUAAUAACUAAUAUGAA